CCUGUUGGUGGUUCUGGUAUUACCGGCUUUCCUGGUUUGAGGGGGGAUCCAGGCCCAGAGGGACCACGAGGGCUGCCUGGUAUGACAGGACCUCAGGGCCCAGCAGGACACGUCGGCCUGCCCGGAUUGAAAGGUGAUAAGGGUGAAGUGGGUCAAAGGGGAGAGCCAGGAGAGAUGGGCUACCAAGGUGACAAGGGUGUUGCUGGUCCUCCUGGUCCUGCUGGGCCCAGAGGGAAACCAGGACCACCGGGUAGAAUUGGAGAAAUUGGGACACAAGGACCACAUGGGCCACCAGGACCAGAGGGGUUUCCUGGAGACAUCGGCGUUCCAGGCCCGAAUGGCCCACCUGGACCGAAGGGUUUGCAAGGUGCGAGAGGGCUCCAAGGCCCACCAGGGCCAAAAGGAGUACAGGGUGAUGAAGGCCCACUCGGCCCACCUGGCAGCAUUGGCCCGACUGGGAGAUCUGGGAGGAAAGGUCAUGCAGGUGAACCUGGACCUGAAGGCCUGCCGGGAGAAAAAGGGGACAUUGGAGAUGUUGGAAAAGUUGGACCACCGGGUCCAGUUGGCCUAAUUGGAAUAACUGGGGUGAUGGGAGUUCCCGGUGAAAAGGGAGACCGGGGCCUACCAGGUCCAACAGGUCCUGCCGGAGAGAAGGGACCCACGGGUUACCCAGGAUCACCAGGAGGUCCUGGAGACAUUGGCAUGCAGGGUUCACCUGGCCCUCAGGGACAGAGGGGCAGUCCAGGAAUCGCGGGGCCAAAAGGGAGAAGGGGGCCCCGGGGUCCAGAUGGCGCAACAGGAGAACCAGGAUCUGAGGGCACCAAGGGUGAAAAGGGGGAAGCUGGCCCAAAAGGAGAACCAGGAUUAAUAGGCAAAGCUGGCGUUCCCGGAGAAAGAGGCCCUCCUGGAAAACCAGGAAAGUCCGGUAUUCCAGGGAACACUGGUGAGAGGGGCCCUCAAGGGGAACCAGGACCUAAAGGACCAACUGGGGAGUCUGGAUCCAAUGGAGAGCAGGGACCUGAAGGUGUUCCAGGUGUAGAGGGAGGACCAGGUGCCAUCGGAGAGCCAGGGUUAAAGGGGGAUGUUGGACUUCCAGGACCUGAAGGGGAACAGGGACAGGAGGGAAUCAGAGGUCCGCCUGGCCCCCCAGGGGAAGAUGGCCCUCAGGGGAAAGAUGGAGCGAAGGGUGAUCCUGGAGAGCGUGGCCCUUUGGGUGAGCCUGGGGACAAAGGACUUGAAGGAGAUCCAGGGCCCCAAGGACCAGCAGGAAUACCUGGGAAACAGGGAUUUCGCGGCCCAGAAGGAAAACUUGGCCCUCCAGGGAACAGAGGACGCCACGGAAAGAAGGGAGAGAGGGGCCCUCCAGGUCUUCCUGGUGAGAUUGGCUCUCGAGGGGACAUCGGCCAACCGGGCGAGGCAGGGCCGAAAGGGGCCCGGGGAACUCGAGGCCCUCCUGGUCAACCAGGAGUCCUGGGGCUUGAGGGACAACCAGGACUGUCAGGAUAUCCAGGACACCCUGGCAAACCUGGGCCCAUUGGACCACCAGGACCCAAAGGUGAAAAGGGUUAUCCAGGCGAGGACAAUAAGACUCCAGGAUCACCAGGGCCCUUAGGUGAACCAGGGCCUGCAGGAGAGCGUGGGGAGCGCGGGGAGCCAGGAGAUGAAGGAUACAAGGGUCAUGUUGGUGUGAUUGGACCUCGUGGCAGAAUUGGACCACCCGGCCCACCGGGUCUACCUGGCCAGCCUGGAGAACCAGGAGUUAAAGGAGAAAAGGGGCCUCCUGGCUCAGCUGGAAAGAAGGGAGUGAGGGGUCUGAAUGGAGCCCCUGGUGCUGAAGGUCCAACUGGUUUACCUGGACUCACGGGACCAAAAGGUUAUCUAGGUCCAGAUGGUCUUCCAGGACUGACUGGCUUACCAGGUCUGCCAGGAAAACCAGGGCGACAGGGUCAGCGAGGCUCGUUGGGCCCAGAGGGCCCUGCUGGGCGUCCAGGUCCCAGGGGAGAAACUGGACUUCCUGGAGCACCUGGAGAGAGCGGACCACCUGGUCAGAAGGGUGAACUUGGCCUGCUUGGAGACAGGGGAGCUCCUGGAUACAAAGGCGUAGAGGGAUCGACAGGUGACCAAGGCAAGAAAGGUGAUCCAGGACCUAAAGGACAAGCAGGAGAUUCUGGAGAUUUGGGAAUGGUUGGUUUACAAGGCUUUCCUGGGCCAAAAGGCCCAAAUGGUGACUUGGGACUGAGAGGCAUCCCAGGCCCUAAAGGGCCUUUAGGUUCUUUGGGAUUUGCUGGACCUGUGGGCCCUGAAGGAAUGAUUGGUCCACUAGGAAAACCUGGCCCAAGGGGCCCAAAAGGAAGCAAUGGUGAAAUGGGACCUCAAGGACCACAUGGAAGUCCAGGACCACAGGGACCACCGGGCCCUCCCGGACCCACAAGAUACAUUUAUGAUGACUCAGCUCUCCACAGGCAGUCUGACACAGACGUCAGGACAGAGAUCUUUCAGAACAUUGAAAUGAACCUGCCAGACCAGAACGUAGAGAUACUGAAGACCCUGCGUUACCUGAGCGGAGUGAUUGAAAGCAUCAAAAAACCUUUUGGCACAAAGGAAAAUCCGGCUCGUGUCUGUAAAGACCUCCUGGACUGUCAGCACUUACAACUCAAAGAUGAUUGGUUCUGGAUUGAUCCAAACCUUGGCUGCACUUCUGAUGCCUUCAAGGUCUUCUGCAACUUUACUGGAGGUGGACAGACUUGUUUACACCCAGUGGCCUCCAAUAAGCUGGAGUUUGACAUUGGGAAAGUCCAAAUGAAGUUUCUCCAUUUAUUGAGUUCUGAAGCAAGCCAAAGCAUCACAUUUCACUGUCUGGGUGAUCCAGCCUACAAAACCAAAGACAAAUUCAGCUCCUCCGGAUCCAUGCAAAGAGAAGACGCCAAACCCCGGUUUAUUGGUUGGAAUAAACAUGCAUUUAACACACUACUUGAACCACAUCUGAUUCAGGAUGAAUGCAAGAUUCAAGAUGGCAGCUGGCACCAGUCUCAUUUUUUCUUCCACACUCAGGACAGUCGUCAGCUACCUAUCAUAGACAUCCAGGAAUUUUCUUCUUCACUGCUUAACCAUCAACAACACUUAGAAACUGGUCCUGUCUGCUUCCUCUGACCCCUACAUUGUCCUGUAACUAGCUCUCAUAAAUCACUCAUGUCUACAGAAGCUCAAACACGCCUUCCUUUCUAAGAGAUGCUGCCUCGGCUACAUCAAAAGAUGGGUGAUUUUAUUGAACAGCAUUAUUGAGACUUUGGGAGAGUAACAAAUUCCAGGUGCUGAGAACUCGAACUUCAUGGAGUGUUUGUGCCAGCAAGGAAAAUGAGAUCUGUGCUUUCAAAGAAAUGUGUAAACAACGGUUUGCUUGACAUUUUUACAGUGCUUAGACUGACUGCAUAUGGGCUCAUAUGUUAAUCCCUAAACACAGGGAAGGGCCUCCAAACGCAGCAGCCUCUCCAUAUUCCAAACCUUACACAGAAAGCACACCCAGACCAUCCUAUGCAGGGGUCAAACCAGAAGGAACGGGCCAGGCUUCUGCACUGGGCACUGUCUAACAAAAGUGUAUGCAAGUGCAAUAGUGUGUGGAUAUUAUGUAACUGCUUUAAAAUGCAAAGUCCCAUCUAAGGCAGUAUUUUUAAUAACCUUUUUUGUCUUUGGUCUUGCCCAGUUGGACUCUGACAUAUUGACCAAUGGUGCUCUACCUCUACCUGCUUGUUUGCUUUCUAGACUAGUUUCUAUUGUCAAAUAGUCCUUAUAAAUGAUGCGUUGUAUGUACCGGUUACAUCAAGAUUUUUUUUUUUUUUGUGUUAUACGAGUACUUAUGUUCAUUUGGUCAUUUCUAAUUUAUGAACCAAUUUUUGAUAGACGCAUUUUUGUAGCUUUUUCUCUUUUUGGUAGGUCCAGUAACCUACUGUUGGUGCUGCAACAACAGACAACAAGUCAUCAAAAAUUACUGUGUAUAUAUUGACGGCAUAUUUUUAUUUUUUAUUUAUAAUCUUUUUUUUUUUUAUUCACAUUGCUGUAGCACAGUAAGUUAUACUCUCAGAUAAACUGUUUGGCCAAUCACAGCUCUGUUAUUUAUGUCUAAAAGGUACAUUUGCGAGUUCAUUCCUGUGACUGUUCAUCAAAUACUUUCAGAGGUUGUUUGCUGACUGGCAGCUAUUUUUGGCCAGAGUCAAACAGUCAAAAUAGUCUUAACUUAUAUUAUAUUAUUAAAAGCGUUCUGUGAAGUUUUUGGAGUAUAACAAUGGAUGGAAAUGUGUAAAUAAAUAAAUGGUACAUUUUAUUCACA